AUGGCUGCCCUCUUAGUUGACGGCCGUCCCGCCGUCCGCAAUGCGCCGAUCCCGUUCCUUCUCAACAGCGUGAAGAAGCCCAGGCCUCAGCCUCUCGACCUGUCGUCCCUCGCCCUCGCGACCGAUACCAGGACGAGACCGCUCUCCGCAAGGGACGCCAAUGCGCGGUCACCCCAUCCCUUUGCCACGGCACAGUCAACCAGCUCCAACCACCAGGGCAGCUGGCCUGCUCCCGCCGCCGCCGUCACGGUCGAAUUGGACAUCUGGAGUCCUAUCGUCGGUUCUGCGCGAAGCCCUGCGACUCUUGGAUUCCCUCGCCAGGCCGACGGCACCAGCAUGCAGCUUGACACCCCAAAGACACCCAAUGCGCCCGUGACGUUCCUCAGCAGAUUCAAAUCACAGUAUGCUAACUCGUGCUCCGUCUUCCAAGACAAUUGCAGGUUCGAGCACCCCAGCGCAAAUGGCUCUGCCAGCGCGAACCCCUUCAGCGUGCUCUCGGGCAAUUCAAACAACAACAACAACAACAACAACAACAACAACAACAACAACAACAACAACAACAACAACAACAACAACAACAAUCGCGGUGGAUUUGGGAGACAGCCGGCAGCCCAGCCCAAUCAGUUCUCGCUGAGCAAAGAUACAAUACAGAAAGAUCUCGCAGAGGAGAGGCCAUCAUGGAUCCUGUCAGCCUACGGCCCUGGCCGCGAUGCGCCCGAGCAGCUCUGGGGCGGUUACCCAAUAGAGCAAAGUUUCGAGGAGAUCAGACUGCACUACAUGAUGGGAGAGGCCUCUGGCAAUGCGCAGGGCGCGCUGAACGAGAUUCAAGGCCUCUGGGGCCAAGCGCAAAGCAAGAUCCAAAGCGCACUUGGUAACCUUGAUGGAGCUAUCGACUUCGUCCUACAGUCGCAGAACAGCCAUCCGAACCGCCACGAUGUCUGCCAGGCACACUCGUCGCCCAGCACUGGCGAAUUUGCUGUCGGCAAUCGCCCCGUCGGCCUCCAGCCAAGUCGGCCUACCAAUGCCUUCUCCGCCCCGGCAACAGGCGGCGCCUUUGGUCAGCCAUCCGCACUUGGACAGAACCCAAACCCUUUCAGCACCGCCGCCGGUGGCGCCAGCGGUAGCUCGCCAUUUGCACAACCCACUGCGCCAGCCCAAUCUUCAGGUUUUGGCCAGCCGUCAGCUUUGGGCGGUGGGAGGAGUGCAUUCGGCCAACCGUCAGCGCUCGGCGGAGGAAGUGCUUUUGGCCAGCCUUCGGCCCUUGGUGGCGGCAGCGCCUUCGGCAAGCCUUCGGGUCUUGGACAGACGGCAGGAAGUGGCUUCGGCCAGCCCUCAGCCCUGGGCCAGUCAGCCAGUCCCUUUGGUGCUCCCAGUUUUGGUCAACCGGCCCAGCCCUCCCAACCUGCGCCGUCUGGUGGCUUUGGUCAGCCUUCGCAGCUAGGCGCGAAGCCAAACCCGUUUGCCUCCGGCAGUACUGCGCCCUCUUCCAGUCCCUUCGGAGCGCCUGGUGGAGCGGGUAGCAACCCGAGCCCCUUCGCAGCUGCGCCGACCGCCAGCAGCAAUCCCUUCGCACAGCCAGCGCAGCAGUCGGCCACGCCCGAAGUGUCCAUGGACGCAUCUGGCCCUUCGGUGGCCCCGAAUCCUUUUGCACAAGCAGGUCAACCAGCAGCAGCUCCAGCAAACCCAUUUGGCCAGCCGGCGCAACCUGCGGCAUCGAACCCCUUUGCCCAGACAACGCGAGCAAGCAAUGGCUUCGCGGCAGCGGCCCAGAAGCCUGCAGGCGUGGCCCCGGGAGGCGCCAAUCCGUACGGGCCAAACGCGACCAGGCAGCACCCGCCUUACGACAGCUACGCCAGAAAGGCAUCGUCGGGCCACCUGUUGUCGUUCAAGGGCAAGCAGAUCACAUAUAAGGAGAUGGGGGAGAAGGGAGAGGCGCCGAAGCAGGUGCCGGGCAUUCAGAACUUUGACCGCAGCUGGACCAAGAUCUGGUUCCCGGAUGGCCCUCCGCCGUACUACAAGGACACGGAGCCUAGUCGGGAAUACACGGACGGAGAGAAGGCAGCAUACGAGCAGUUCGUCUCCACCGGCCGGUUCACCCUCGCGGGUGCCGGCGGUCAUGGCAUGCCCGAGGCGCCGCCAAUGAGGGAGUACUGCACAUGGGACCUGUGA